GCGCGGAGCCGCCUGCGGCGGGCGUGAAGCACAAUGGCCGCCCCAGCGCGGGUCCCGGUCACAUGGCAGGUCAGCAGUCGCGCCGCCCCGGCCCCGGCGGCGAGCGGCCCCGAGCGCGGGGAGCCCCUGGCCGCCGCCGUGGCAGAGCUGCCCGUGCUGGACGCCUCCGGGCGCCGGGUGCCAUUCGGCGCGCUGUUCCGGGAGCGCCGCGCCGUAGUGGUGUUCGUGCGGCAUUUCCUGUGUUACAUCUGCAAGGAAUACGUAGAGGAUCUGGCCCAAAUCCCCGCGAGUUUCUUACAGGAAGCAAAUGUCAGCCUUAUAGUGAUUGGACAGUCAUCCUACCAUCAUAUUGAGAUUUCAAUGUGGGCAUAUCUCUUCGGGUGCCUCAUCUCCAAGCAGCAAUUCAGGGACAUAGUAGGAAUAGGAAAGACCCAGGUCCCUUCCAUCCUGUGGCUCUGCCAUUUUGAACCCCAGGCUUCCAAGAAUUUAGAAGGAAAGAGCCCCCAUGUAAAAUCAAACAUACUCUCAGGAAGCAUUCGGAGCCUGUGGCGGGCAGUGACUGGCCCGCUCUUUGAUUUCCAAGGAGACCCAGCUCAGCAAGGCGGAACCCUUAUUUUAGGUCCAGGUAACAACAUCCAUUUCAUACACCUUGAUAGGAAUAGGUUGGAUCAUAAACCCAUCAACUCUGUUUUACAGCUGGUAGGAGUUGAGCACGUGGACUUUACAAGACCUGCAGUUAUCCACGUGUGACGGUGCGGACUCUGCUACUUUCAGUGGGCGUGGCUGUGAUCCGGGCUGUCAGCACAUGGUGUCCCUGUGUGCGGCCCCUUGUCUGCUCUUCUCAGCCUUUGAGGAGUUAAAAAAUAUAAAGAGACCACGUACCAGUUGCAUUGCUUGCUGGGAGGCACUAUUGUCAAAAAUGUGAUACAACUUACAAUUUUAUAGCUUUUAGAAUUUUAUACAAAAUCUUAAUUUAUACAGAAUAAAACUUCAAAAGCUGUAAAAUUACAAAUACCUUUUUUAUAUAACAGUAUAUCCAUUCAAUGAAAGCUUCUAUUGGCCAUUAAAAUAAUAAAUCCUUAUGAAGAACAUAAAA